AUGUGGGUGGCUACCGUCCUUCUUCCUCCGAUUCCGACGAUCCUCACCACGAGGGGUCCCAAUCCCAACCUCUUCUAUCACUCCCUUCCCAAACCACUCUCUUUUCCUAAUCCCGUCCGCCUCAACAUGUACAGAGCCUGGGCGGCCAAGAAGCAGCUUCCUCACCUACGGGUUCGAAAACCAGUUGCAUGCAUAGGAGGUGGGCUUUUUGUACUUCAACAGUUUGUGGCUAUAAAUGGAGUUCUCUACUUUUCAUCAUUUACUUUUCAAGAUGUUGGAAUUAUCAAUAGUGCUUUAGCAAGCUUGCUUAUUGGUGUCACCAACUUUGCAGGAGCACUUUGUGCUUUGUACUUGAUUGAUAAACAGGGAAGGCAAAAGCGCUGGAUUGGAAGUUACUUAGGAAUGGCACUUUCAAUGUUUCUUGUGGUCUAUGCUAUCAGUUUUCCACUAGAUGAUGAACUCGGUUACAACUUAUCAAUACUGGGUACAGUCAUGUACAUAUUCACCUUUGCAGUAGGAGCCGGCCCGGUCACUGGACUUAUCAUACCAGAACUCAGCAGUAGCAGAUCACGUGGCAAGAUCAUGGGAUUCAGUUUUACUGUUCACUGGAUUUGCAACUUCUUGGUGGGUUUAUAUUUCCUCGACUUGGUGGAGAAAUUCGGAGUUGCUCCAGUUUAUGGUACCUUUGACGGAGUUUCUUUGCUUGCGGCUAUAUUUUCGACCUACUUUAUAGUUGAAACCAAAGGGCUCUCCCUUGAGGAAAUAGAAAAGUCGCUAAGCUCUGAUUUCAUCUCUAGAGACAAGAAGUGAUUUCAUAUCGACACUUGAAGAUUCUGAAGAUCGGAAUUGUCACGAUACAUCAUAGUUCAGGUUAAAGUUUUCACGGUGGAGGUUCACAAUUUCAAUACCUCAUUUCACGUUUUGUUUUCAGGCCCUGUCAAAUGUUACAUUGUUAAUUGAAACAAGAAUACGAUCUUUUGUGAAAUCAGAUAGUAAGUACGAAGAUGAAUUGUUACUAUAGAAAAAAGAAAUUAUUUUAACUUCAAUAGCUAUAUAGUCC